CGCUCGAGGUUUUUUAUUCAAUUGAAGAUUGGAUGUUCGCUUAUUUAGUGCUGAAUUUGUUUAACCUUCCUGCGCUGUACGAUUAGGUGGAGUUUCGAAGCAAAUUUUGUUUGGAUAAUAGGGAAUUGGAGGAAUUUUGAUGCAGUGAGAACUGGUUUGUUGUUUAUUUGGGGGAAUUUUAGUGAGCUAGGGUUUGUGGAAAUGUCGCAAGGUCCUAAAGCCAUCGAUGGGGAUAUUAAGGAUGUCCGCAGUUCCAAAAAGGCACUUGAUGAAGGGAAAGAUGCUUCUAACGCGGCUGGUUGUUUUGCAUUCAGAUUUAUUGGAAGGUGCUCUAAAAACGCCAGAUAUGAGACCUCUGAUAAUGAUUCUGAUCCCGAAAAUGUAAGUAAAGCCACAACAGAUUCGAGUAAAGGGCGUCCAGUUGUUCCAAUCACAACAAUCGAUGUUGAAAGUAUUCCAUCAGCUCCCGACAUAAGCACAACCGAAUUGCUGAUCUCUCCAAAGCUCCGGAAGUUCACCUACUAUGAAUUGAAGCAGGCUACAAGGAGCUUUAGGCCGGAUUGUCUCCUCGGCGAAGGAGGCUUCGGCUCUGUUUACAAAGGAUGGAUCAGUGAAAAUAGCAGUGUGCCAUCAAAAUUGGGCAAAGGGCUUGUGGUUGCUGUAAAGAUUCUUAACCACAACAAGCGUCAAGGCCACAAAGAAUGGCUUACAGAAGUGAAUUAUCUUGGCCAACUUGUCCAUCCAAAUCUGGUUAAAUUAAUAGGAUACAGCAUCGAGGGCGAACAAAGGCUCCUGGUCUAUGAAUUCAUGCCACGGGGAAGCUUAGAGCAUCAUCUGUUUAAGAACCAGAAUACUCUUUCGUGGGAUCUAAGAAUGAAAAUUGCAUUAGGUUCAGCAAAGGGUCUCGCAUUCCUCCACGAAGAGAUUGAGAAACCAGUCAUAUUUAGAGAUUUUAAAUCUUCGAACAUUUUAUUAGAUUCGGAUUUCAAUGUCAAACUUUCUGAUUUUGGACACGCCAAAGAUGCCCCCGAGGGCGAUGCAACCCAUGUUUCUACCCGAGUGAUAGGAGUACAAGGCUACUCUGCCCCUGAAUAUCUAAUGACAGGACAUCUUACGACAAAGAGCGACGUGUACAGCUUCGGUGUUGUCCUGCUGGAGCUAAUAACGGGUCAAAAAUCCAUGGACAAGAGCAGGAAACAGGGCGGGAAGUACCUGGUCGAAUGGGUGCGCAAACAUAUAGUCGACAAGGAAAGGCAGAAGCUGGUAGACCCUCGGCUGGAGGGGUGCUACCCGAUUAAGGCCAUGCGGAAGACCAUCCAGCUGGCCGCACAUUGCAUCAACCGCUGGCCAGCAGACCGGCCUCUGAUGACUGAGGUCGUUCGAUUUCUCGACCACUUGAUUAAUACUACUACCCGGGAAGCUUUUGAUUCAAAGCGGGAGAGGGCUGAAUCUGACGACGGCGAAGAUUCCAAAAAUUGA